AUGGAAGGCGACAAACCGACUGGAUAUUCCCUGCUAUUGCGGAAUCUCAGGUACAGCACGACCACGCAGUUGGUGAGGGAGGCCUUUGAACGCUUCGGGAAAAUUCGCGAUGUGUACCUUCCACUGGACUUCAACACCAAACGGCCCCGGGGCUUCGGCUUCGUCGAGUUCAGCCACGAGGCUGACGCGAUGGAGGCGGUGAAGGCCAUGGAUAACGCCAAACUGGACGGUAACGUCAUCACGUGCUGCAUGGCGCAAGACAGGCGCAAAUCUCCGAACUCCAUGCGCCGAGCCUACAACAACGCCACGCCGGGCAGGAGGUACGAUUUUUCGCCGCCGAACGCGCGCAACGGCCAGCGCCAGGACUACUACCCUGGCAUGAGGUCCCGCAGCAGGAGCCCCGCCGCGCGCUACUCCCGAAGGUCGCCCAGCUACGACCGCCGGUACCCUCCCAUGCGCGACGACUACCCGUACUACUACAGGCGCGAUCACGACCGCUCGCCGCAGCGGUACCCGCGCCACUACCCUCCGCAUUCCAGGGAGUACCGGGACCACAGGCCGGAGUACAUGGAGCGCGACGCCAGGCGGUACACCGUCCGGCCCCCGCACAUAGACUACGCGAGACCAGUUCACGAACGCAGAAGGUCGCCUCCGAGGGGGCCCGAGCCUGAAGAGCUGUCGCCAGACUCGCACGACAUGCAGGCCCGGAGGCCGCCUCGCAAAAUCUAA